CUCCGUAGACAGUUUUCCAGUACAGCUCAUCAGGAAAACGAAACUUACUGCAACAAGGAACCUUGGGCACGAACCAAGAAACGCGCAACUGAUCUUGUUCAAAGACUCCAACUUUAGUUUACGUUCAGUCCAGAAUGAACUCCAAACUAACCAGAAACCAGCAGAAAACCGUCUGCUCCCAUCUGGGGACCGUUAAACUCAAGCUGCUGUUUAAAGCUACUCUUCAUGGUUUUACUGCUGCUGCCUUCCACCAGCGAUGUGACAGCCUCUCUCCCACGGUGUCUGUGGGCUACAACGCCUCUGGGUUUGUGUUUGGAGGAUUCACCAAACAACCCUUUAGUCGGAGUGGACAGUAUGCGAACGAUGAGCAGGCCUUUCUGUUCACCUUCAGAGGAAGAAAGUUAAUUAAAUAUCCAGUGUUAAAUUACCCGAAUGCAGUUUACAUGGUUGCCAACUCAGGGCCUUAUUUUGGAAAUGCACUGGCGUUCUUCAGUGGAGACAAACCAGUAACUUACAGCAAUCCAGGAGGUUAUUACAACUUCACACCUGAAGAGAUGCACGGGAAUGACCUGAACCUGACUGAGUGUGAGGUCUACCAGGUGGAGGAAACAACUGAACUUGAGAGGCCUUGGAGGACUGUGAUCUGGGGAAUGGAGACUAAGAAGGAGCUGAUGGAGAGCAUUAAAACCUACAAACCCACAGUCCAUUCUGUGUCUCAGGCUCGGGUUCUGAUGAUCGGACCGGUCGGAGCUGGAAAGUCCAGCUUCUUUAACUCCAUCAACUCUGUAUUCAGAGGCCACGUCACCAACCAGGCCAUAUCUGGCUGUGCCUCCACCAGCCUCACCACACAGUUUCGAACCUACACUCUGAAGGCUGGACGAGAAGGCAAACCUCUGCCAAUCAUCUUGUGCGAUACCAUGGGACUGGAAGAAGGCAAAGGGGCGGGGCUUGAUGUAGAAGACGUCAGCAGCAUCCUCAAAGGUCACAUGCCUGACCGUUACCAGUUCAACCCUGCUGUUCCUCUGAAUUCAGAAGCUCAAUGUUAUCGCAAGUCUCCUGUUCUGAAAGACAAGAUCCACUGUGUGGCUUAUGUUAUUGAUGCCUGUAAGAUCUCCAUUAUGUCCACAAAGCUGGAGGAGAAGCUGGAAACUAUCCGCAGAAAGGUCAACCUGUUGGGAAUUCCUCAGCUGGUGUUGCUCACUAAAGUAGACGAAGCCUGUCCUUUGGUGAAAGAAGAUGUGACGAACAUCUAUAAGAGUGGAGACAUCAAGGACAUGAUGCAGGAGGUCAGCGCCAGACUCGGUGUGCCGCUGUCUUGCAUCGUUCCAGUGAAGAACUACAGCGAAGAGCUGGAGCUGGACAUGAAAUGUGACAUCCUGUUGCUUAGCGCCGUCAUCCAGAUGCUUCGCUUUGUUGAUAAUUUCUUUGACGAGCUCAGUGACCGACUGAGCAACGAAGAAACCAAGGAUUAAGAGUCGGUGAUAAACUGAGGAACGGCAUGUUCAGAUAUUCAAACACAUUUUCUUUGAUUAAAUCGAAUUGUAGUUUCAACAUUUAUCAGCUACAUCAGUUUUUCUGAUGUGGGUUUCUAUUGGAGUUCAUGGUGUUCCUAGGAAUGCUGGGAAGUUUUUCCAAGCUUCUUGUUUCAAAAAGUUUAGCGGAUUUUGUUAAAUACAAAUAUUUUGUAAUUUGGAGUUGAUCUCGAUCCCCAGUGAGUCGUGGUGGAUGGCUGCUUGUACUGGGCACUUGUUGUGAUUUGAUGUAAAAUUUGGUUAAAUGUUCUCAGAUGAAUUGGAAAGCAUCUGAUAUUUAUGUUCGCGUCUCUUUCAGUCUCCAGUUAAUGAAGGUUGACUAAUCACAUCAUUAAGCUCAAACAACUUCCUGAUCUCACUUAUUCACAUUUAAUCAGCAUGUUUGUGUGAUGUUCAGAUGUUCAGUAACAGAAUCUGUGAUCAUGGGAAAAUCUCCUUGUUAAAUAAAAACAUGUUGCAUGA